AAUGUGGUCGUAUUUUGAUCUUAUUAACUCAUUGACUUGAUUUCUAACAAUUCUCACUUCUCUUUCAUCAUCUCUUCAGCUCAAACAUCAAAGAAUUCAAAAUCAUUCUGCAUAUUUGUUGAAAUUUCUUCAUUUAUUUACUGCAAAAGGAUUUACGCUUACUAAAAAUUUCAAAAAUGGCGAUUGAAGAAGAGGAGAAAAUGGCGUUUUUGUUAGAUCAUCAGAACUCAGAGCAUGAAAACCCAAAACCCAGAACAAAGGGUGGUCUAAUCACAAUGCCUUUUAUUAUUGUGAAUGAGGCAUUUGAGAAGGUAUCAAGCUAUGGUUUGUUGCCCAACAUGAUAUUUUACUUGAUGAAUGUUUAUCACUUGGAAGCUGCAAAAGGGAGUAUCAUAUUAUCACUGUGGUCUGCUUCUUCCAAUGCAAUGGCUAUAUUUGGGGGGUUUCUCUCGGAUUCUUACUUUGGCCGUUUCCGGGUCAUUGCUUUUGGGACCUUUUGCAGCCUUCUUGGAACAACUAUGAUCUGGUCAACAUCUAUGAUCCCAUGGAUGAAACCUUCACCUUGUGCAAUGUCUAGUCAAGAUUGUGACUCACCUACUUCGCUUCAUUAUCUCGUUUUGUUCGGUUCUUUCGGCCUAAUAUCCGUUGGAGCUGGUUGUGUGCGGCCUUGUUCUUUGGCUUUUGGGGCCGAUCAAGUGAAUGAUAAAGAGAACCCCAAUAAUGAAAGGGUUUUAGAUAGUUUCUUUAACUGGUAUUACGCCUCAACAGGGUUGUCCACAGUCAUAGCCCUGACGUUUAUUGUGUAUAUCCAAGAUAAAUUUGGGUGGCAAAUUGGAUUUGGUGUGCCCGUAUUUCUCAUGGUUAUUUCCCUUGCUACCUUUCUACUCGGUUCUCCUUUGUACGUGCAUGUAAAGGCUCGGGACAACUUGUUUAUUGGUUUGUUUCAAGUUCCAGUAGCUGCAUUUCAGAGAAGGAAAAUUAGUUUCCGUGCUGGUGCUGAAGUGCGUUACUAUUGCGGAAAUGGAUCUGAGGCCACAACUCCUAGUGACCACAUAAGGUGUUUAAACAGAGCUUGUGUAAUUAUAAAUCCCGGUACAGACUUCAACCCAGAUGGAUCUGCAUCAAACCCUUGGACUCUCUGCACUGUCGAACAAGUAGAAAGGCUUAAAUCCAUUGUAAGAAUCCUACCAAUGUGGACUACAGGUUUCAUGAUGCUAGUAGCCCUAAACAACAGCUACACAACCCUUCAAGCGAAAACUUUAGACCGACAUAUCUUUUCUUCAAGUUUCCAAAUUCCAGCAGGUACUUUCACCGUUUUUUCAAUCGUGACUAUUACUUUCUGGGUAGCAUUCUAUGACCGUGCUGUCGUUCCAUUAAUGGCCAAGUACUUCAACAUGCCACGUGGGCUCGGGCCGAGAGUCCGUAUGGGAAUCGGGUUGCUACUAUCAUGUGUUUCACUGUUAGUUGCUGGAGUUGUUGAAUCAAUUAGAAGAAAAGUUGCAAUUGAUUCGGGGUUGGAAGAUAAACCUAACGAAGUACUCGAAAUGUCAGCAAUGUGGUUGGUACCGCAGCUUGUGUUGCUCGGACUUGCCGAGGGUUUUAACGCGGUUGGCCAGAUAGAGUUUUAUUAUGCUCACCUUUAUAAAGGUAUGUCGAGCAUUGCAAUGGCUAUAUUCACGCUAGGAAUGGCGGUUUCGAGUCUUGUUGGUAGCCUAUUGGUUGAUGUUGUUGAUAGUUUUUCGAGUGUUGGUGGGAAGGUGAGCUGGUUGUCGAGCAACCUGAAUAAGGGUCAUGUUGACUACUAUUAUUGGUUGCUUGCUUUUCUGUGUUUGGUUAAUUUUCUGUAUUUUCUUCUGUGUUGUCGAAUGUACGGUACUUCUGAGAGUCACAGUGAGAGUCACAGAAGUAGGAGGUAUGAAUCUGUAGAACACGAAUCAGCUUGAUUUUUGUUGUUCUUUUACACUAAAGGUUAGUACUUAGUACUCUUAUCUGUAACUUUAUUCAGAUAAUGAUAUUAGAAUGAUAUCCUUUAUACUCCUUUUUUCUAUUUAAGAGUAAAACUUCAGCCUUUUUCUUUUGGGUA